GGUCCUUUCGUCAUUGCGGAAAAGAAAUACAAAUUCUUUUUUCACUCCACAAAUGAGUCUCCUUAGCUUCCCAAUCAAUUGUACAGAUCUUUCCUCGCAGAAACCCUAGAGUUUAUCGGUUAAGGGUUUCACACGCACCUCUGCUGUCUUGAUUUUUCUCUUUAUCGAUUUUUGUCUUUAGGGCUUUAUAUUUUUGGGUUUAGAUUUUUUUUUUUUCAGAAAAUAGUUUUUAAUUUCUAGGUUUUGCUAGGUUUAAAAGAGGAAUUCGUGGGUUUUGUUUAUCUUUAGUAUAAGUGUACGUAUGGAUGGAUUUGAAGGUGGGGGUAUUAUUCAAGAGUCCUCCAACCCUCAGGAUCUUAAUCAAUUCGGCGCCAGUUCGUCAGUAGAUGCAGUAUUUGAUGCAUCACAAUAUGCAUUCUUCGGGAAUAAUGAUGUUGAAGAAGUUGAGUUGGGGGGAUUAGAAGAUGAAGAGGAUGAUCUUCCUGAAGUUGGGUUUGGUGAUGAAGUAUAUCAGCUGGAUCAAGAAGAGGGUGAAGAAUUAGGAUCUUUAUCUGAAAUUGAUGAUCUUGCCAGCACAUUUUCAAAGUUGAACAAGGUUGUCAGUGGCCCAGGAAGUGCAGGAAUUGUUGGUGAUCGGGGAUCCAGAGAAAGUUCAUCCGCGACUGAGUGGGCACAAGAGGCAGAUUUUCCUAAUUGGUUUGAGCAAAAUGCAUUAGAUCCUAAAAGCACUCAGGAAAGCAAAAGAUGGUCAUCGCAGCCAUAUUCUUCUUCUGCUCAUCUUAUGGAAUCAAAGCCUUUGUACAGAACAUCUUCAUAUCCUGAGCAGCAGCAACAACAGCAUCGUCCACACCAACACCAUCAGUUCUCCAGUGAGCCAAUUCUUGUACCAAAAGCUUCUUUGUCUUCGUAUCCUUCACCUGGUGGCAGAUUUCAGCAAGCUUCACCAAACAAUCAGUCACACCAUUCUAAUUUUCUGCAUCAUCCCGCUGGACACCAGAUGCCCCCUUCUUCACCCAACCUGUCUCCCUUCAAUAACCCUCAGCUUCAGUUGACUGCCUUAUCUCAUGGGUCACAAUUUGGUGGAAAUUUGCCCCAUCGUACACCUACUGGUCUCUCUGUUAAUAGCCGCCCACAAAACCAAUGGGCUAACCAGACCAGUCUAUUUCCAGGAGAUCAUUCCAGCAUCCCAAAUAAUCUGUUGCAACAGCAAUUACCCCAUCAAAAUGGAUUAAUGCCCCCACAGUUGAUGCCACAACAGCAACCUCAGCAACUCAGACUGCACCAUCCGUUUCAGCCAUCCUUUGGUCAUUUAUCAGGGCCUCAGUCCCAACUAUUUAAUCAUCUUUCUCUAGUUCCACAAAUGAUGAAUAACUUCGAUGUGCUUGGGUUGGCUGAUUUGAGAGAUCAAAGGCUUAAAUCAAUGCCAAAAAGUAGACAGGGCAUGCGUUAUACCCAACAAGGCUUUGAUGCCAGUAGCCAGAAGAGUGAUAGUGGGUGGCCGCAGUUCAGAUCCAAAUAUAUGAGAUCUGAUGAAAUUGAGAAUAUUUUCAGAAUACAGCUUACUGCUACACACAGCAAUGAUCCAUAUGUAGAUGAUUAUUACCACCAAGCAUGUUUGACAAAAAAAUCUGCUGGUGCGAAGUUGAGACACCAUUUCUGCCCAACUAAUCUGAGGGAUAGCUCUUCCCGACCUCGUGCUAAUACCGAGCAACAUGCUUUUCUCCAGGUUGAUGCUCUUGGGAGGGUUUCAUUUUCUUCAAUUCGACGGCCUCGCCCACUUCUUGAAGUUGACCCGCCAAAUUUGUCUGUUGCUGGCAGUACCGAACAGAAAUUGUCUGAGAAGCCCUUGGAACAGGAGCCUAUGCUUGCAGCUAGAGUAACUAUUGAGGAUGGCCUCUGUCUUCUUCUCGAUGUUGAUGAUAUUGACCGGUUCCUACAAUUCAAUCAGCUCCAAGAUGUUGGGGCCCAGUUGAAACAGAGACGGCAGGUCCUGCUGGAAGGGUUGGCAGAAUCACUUCAGCUGGUUGAUCCACUGGGGAAAAAUGGCCACACAGUGGAUUUGGCUCGCAAGGAUGAUCUUGUGUUUCUUAGGAUAGUCUCUCUUCCCAAGGGCCGAAAGCUUCUAUCAAGGUAUCUUCAGCUUCUCUUUCCAGGUGGUGAGCUCGUCCGAAUAGUCUGCAUGGCCAUUUUCCGCCAUUUAAGGUUCUUGUUUGGGGGUCUCCCUGCUGAUCCAGGGGCAGGAGAAACAGGUACAAGCCUUGCAAGGGAUGUUUCAUCUUGUCUUCGUGGCAUGGAGCUUAAAGCACUUGCUGCUUGCCUUGCAUCGGUGGUUUGUUCUGGAGAGCAUCCUCCGCUUCGUCCCCUUGGAAGCCCUGCUGGAGAUGGGGCUUCAAUUAUUCUGAAAUCUGUUCUCGACAGGGCAACUGAACUUUUAAGAGAUCCUCAUGCUGCUGGCAUCUGCAGCAUAUCUAAUCGGGACUUUUGGCAGGCUUCUUUUGACGCAUUCUUUGGCUUUCUUACAAAGUACUGCUUUAACAAAUAUGAUACUGUUAUGCAAUCGAUGGUCACACAAGUUCCAUCAGACGUGGCCAUUAUGGGGUCGGAUGCAGGAAGAGCUAUCAGUAAAGAAAUGCCGGUUGAACUGUUACGUGCAAGUCUUCCUCACACUAGCGAACACCAGAGGAAGCUACUAUUGGAUUUUGCGCAGCGCUCCAUGCCUGUACUUGGAUUUAACAACCAUGACGGUGGAAGUGAUGGCGCAUAAACUUUGACUUUGCGCUGUAAUAAUGUAAAGCUACAAAUAAACUGGUUAGUGAAGAAUAGUACAUCUUACUUGUCUUGGACGAGGCAAAAUGUUAAAUGUGUUGCGCAUCUUCCGUGCUGUCUUAUUGGAAAAAAAAGUUUGUCAAAGUGCUUGGAGUCCAAGGAUGCUGGCAUAAUGAAGGCAAAUAUCAGCCGUGGAAGUAGUCAGAUUUACAUAUUCACUUGCACCUAUAUUCCGUGAUGCCACUGGAGAACUUUAAGUUUUAGGCUGGCUAUCUGUGUAUUACGGUUGAACUUUACCGUUUUUUUUCCUUCGCUUGUUUGACUUGAGCUUAUUUUGAUGCUCUGUUGUGCUAUUCCUUAAUGAGGAGGUUUUUAGAUGUUAGAAAUGUACAGUGUUCGACCCGAAGAGAAUUCCCCACGUGCCUCUACUAUUAUAUUUCAAGGAGGUGGGAAGAGAUUUGUUUUUGUGCCUAAGAGGUUGGUUCUAUUAUUGGUCUGGGAUAGGUAAUUUGACACUGUAGAUGCUGGUUGCAGUUUUAUAUUCAGAUUGGGGUGGGCCAUGAACUAACGCCAUUUGCUUGGGGAUUCCUAGUGUUAGUGUAGUCACUUACAUUUGAUAAAUGUUUUGACUGAAUACUGCGAUGAUUUCGAUCCUGCUCCUAUCUCUGCGUAUUUUGAAAUUGUUUCCCUUGAACAAUUGUAAUGUAACUCGCAUGGAUAUCCCACUGUUGUAGGGUUAAUGUGGGGCGGAUUGUCAACCCAUGGUUAGGGAGUGAUUGUAAAUAUGAAGAAUUUACUCUGCAGGAAAGUUCUAAUAUGCC